AUCAGGAUGGCUGGACGUGUCAGCGCUGGAGUCUUUUGGAGAAUGAGACUCUGCUAAUACCGCACCUGCAUCAUCUGCUGGGCAAAAUGGGGAAACAGAACAGCAAGCUGACCCCUGAGGUGAUGGAGGAUCUGGUGAAGAACACAGAAUUUAAUGAACAUGAGCUGAAGCAGUGGUACAAGGGUUUCCUGAAGGACUGUCCCACCGGCCGACUCAACCUGGAGGAGUUCCAGCAGCUCUAUGUCAAGUUCUUCCCUUACGGUGACGCGUCCAAGUUUGCCCAGCACGCCUUCAGGACCUUCGACAAGAAUGGUGAUGGCACCAUCGACUUCAGAGAGUUCAUCUGCGCGUUGUCCAUCACGUCACGAGGCAGCUUCGAGCAGAAACUCAACUGGGCCUUCAACAUGUACGACCUGGACGGAGACGGCAAGAUCACACGGGUGGAGAUGCUGGAGAUCAUCGAGGCGAUCUACAAGAUGGUGGGCACGGUGAUCAUGAUGAAAAUGAACGAGGACGGCCUGACGCCCGAGCAGAGGGUGGACAAGAUCUUCUCCAAGAUGGAUAAGAAUAACGACGACCAGAUCUCGCUGGAGGAGUUCAAAGAGGCGGCCAAGAGCGACCCGUCCAUCGUAUUACUCCUGCAGUGUGACCUCCAGAAAUAAGCCGGAGGGCGAGCGGAGCGCUCCACCAGCCGCCACGGACUGCACAGAAAGAAUUUCAUCUUCCAUUCAGUUUGCAGCUAUUUCCACUGAAAAAAAAAAAUUAAUAUGCUUGGACUACCUUUCAAUGGAUCUGCUUCUUGUGUUUGAAACACUCGUGUGCAUGAGAAUGUUAUUUGCUAUAAAAAGAUCUACACACAACAUACAAACAGUGAGCGAGUGCAAGAGUUGCAGGUGCACACUCGCACUACACAAACACACACACACACACACACACACACACACACACACACAAUCUCU